AGUUGUGUCGUCUAAAUUGGCCUUUACAGUUUACAUGACUGUACUGUCAUCUAACAAAUUCUUUGCUCUUAAAGAUGCUCGGGAUGUUCUGCAUGUAUGCUCAAAUGAAAGGGAUGAGAAUGGUAUGAGCAGAAGAGAAAUCUUCUUUUUCAGAUGGCUUGGAGCAGUUGUAUUUUGGAACGUGGAUAAAGAGGAAAUUCAACAUAUUAGAACUGUCAUGAAAMGAUUUGAAGGUCACUCAAGCUACACAGAAGAGGAUAUAGAGGAAGAGAGUGAAGAAAUACCAUUUUCAUAUUCAAAAAAUCAAACCAAUUUUGUAAAAGGAAGGAUUUUGUUAAGUGAAAAUGAGAGCAUAGAAGAAAAAUCUCUUCACAAAUUUGCUUUUUCAAAUGCUAUUGCUUUAUCAGUAAAACUUGGAAUUUGGGAGUCACAACUUGAAGAGUAUAUUGAUUCAUUAGCGUGGGUUCCUACAGCUUUAAGUAAAGGUGUUAAACUCAAGAUGUCUAGGAAAGAAAUAUUAGAAAAAACAGGAGAGCUUAUUUCUUUAAGAUAUAAAAUUAACUUAUAUUCGGACUUGCUAAUGACACCUGACUUCUACUGGGACCGUGAAGAGCUUGGUAAACAUUAUGAAAGUAUGUGUUCCUACAUGGAUAUUAGAAGAAGAACUAAGGUUAUGAAUGAAAAAUUGAAUCACUGUAGUGAGCUAGCAGAGCUACUAAGAUCACAUCUCAGUGAAAGACAUUCAAAUACUCUUGAAUGGGGGAUUAUUGCACUCAUUGCAAUUGAGGUAAUAUUCGAAAUCAUCCAUCUGGUAGAGACACAUAUUCCUUUAAACUAACUUAAUAAACAAAGUAGAAUAUUUAAUAAAUAACAUCCAAGAUGCCCUUAUUUGCAGUACUGUACUGUCCUUGGAGACCUGGUUUAAUUGCUUAGCAAGACCUAGUUAUAAUUCAAUGAAUAUAACUUAUCAGUUUUGUACUACACAAAUGUUUUCUCCAACAUUAUAAUUUUUAAGAAUGUGUAUCAAGACAGUAAUUGUUAUUAAUAUGAACRUAAUUAUGAAAUUAAAAACAGUAGAAAAAAGUAGAAUUAUCUGUCAUACUGUAUUUAAAUACACUCACUGAUGAAAAGUUUGGGCCUCUCAUAUAUUGAUUUAUCUAUUGCCAUUUUCUUCGCACAAGCAUUGGACACCAUACAUUGAUUAUAUUUGUCAUAAUUCCUGAGCUUCUUUAUUCCAAAAGUCACUUGGAUUUUCUCUUUUUUCCCAUAUGGAUUCUGAAGUGAAUUUAGGUUCAUCUCUUGCCAGAGCUUCUUGUAGUGAGACCUGGAUGUA